CUCCAUGCAUGGUGAUCACCGUUCACUCCUGAUGAGCCAAGGCAAAGGCUUCUAACCUGUCACCCAUCCGCAGAUCAUCCCUCUCAGCAAAGUGCAAUGAAAAUGCUUUCCUGGCUCAUCUUCCUUCUGACUGGCUGGACUUUAUGUGAAAAGUUAUCUUUGUGCAAUGGCCUUGAAUUCGAUGAUGAUCCUGUGUAUUACGAGGAGGAUAAAGCCGAGUCCUUUGAAUACAACGAUCCCUGCAAAGCACCUGUCUUUUGGGGAGACAUUGCCUUAGAUGAAGAAGACUUAAAAAUGUUCCAAAUAGAUAGAACAAUUGACCUCACUCAGCACUCUAAUGAUAACUUGGGACACACCACAGGUGGCCUUGAAGAGCAUGAUCUGUCAAAAAAAAGAGGAACACUCUAUCAGCUUAUAGAGAGGAUAAGAAGAUUUGGCUCUGGUUAUGAGCAUACAAAUGCAACCAGGGAAAAUACAGAUCUAAAACCCUCAGGGAGAAAUGAGAAGAGACGAAUUCCCAGAGCUGCUACAUCACGGACUGAAAGAAUAUGGCCUGGGGGAGUCAUUCCAUAUGUUAUCGGAGGCAACUUCACUGGCAGCCAGAGGGCUAUGUUCAAGCAGGCCAUGAGACACUGGGAGAAACACACCUGUGUGACAUUUAUAGAGCGCACUGAUGAAGAGAGCUACAUUGUGUUUACAUAUAGGCCUUGUGGGUGCUGCUCCUAUGUGGGACGAAGAGGAAAUGGCCCCCAGGCAAUAUCAAUUGGCAAAAACUGUGAUAAAUUUGGAAUUGUGGUCCAUGAGCUUGGUCAUGUGAUAGGCUUUUGGCAUGAGCACACUCGACCGGAUCGAGACGAUCAUGUGACAAUUAUCAGGGAAAACAUACAACCAGGUCAGGAAUACAACUUUCUGAAAAUGGAACCCGGGGAGGUGAACUCACAGGGAGAGCCAUAUGAUUUUGACAGCAUCAUGCACUAUGCAAGGAACACCUUCUCAAGGGGUAUGUUUCUGGAUACAAUUCUUCCAUCCCGCGAUGAAAACGGUGUGAGGCCUCCCAUAGGUCAACGUACACGUCUCAGUAAAGGAGAUAUUGCACAGGCAAGGAAGCUGUAUAGAUGUCCAGCUUGUGGAGAAACAUUACAAGAUUCCUCAGGCAAUUUCUCAUCCCCUGGAUUUCCAAAUGGUUAUCCUUCAUACACUCACUGCAUAUGGAGAAUUUCCGUGACCCCAGGAGAGAAGAUUGUUCUGAAUUUUACAACCAUGGACCUCUAUAAGAGCAGUCUCUGUUGGUAUGACUAUAUUGAAGUCAGGGACGGUUACUGGAGAAAAUCCCCCUUGCUAGGUAGGUUUUGUGGUGAUAAACUGCCAGAGGUUCUGACAACAACAGACAGCAGAAUGUGGAUAGAGUUUCGAAGCAGCAGCAACUGGGUUGGAAAAGGGUUUGCUGCAAUUUAUGAAGCUAUUUGCGGAGGAGAAAUUCACAAAGAUUCUGGCCAGAUUCAGUCCCCCAAUUAUCCAGAUGACUAUAGGCCAUCCAAGGAAUGUAUAUGGAAAAUAACAGUAGCUGAAAACUACAAUGUUGGAUUAACCUUUCAGGCAUUUGAGAUAGAGCGCCAUGACACCUGUGCUUAUGAUUACCUGGAAGUACGAGAUGGGAAUAGUGAAAACAGUCCUCUGAUUGGACAUUUCUGUGGCUAUGAUAAGCCAGAUGAUAUUAGAUCUACCUCCAAUACUCUGUGGAUGAAGUUUGUUUCAGAUGCAACUGUAAACAAAGCAGGGUUUGCUGCUAAUUUUUUAAAAGAGGAAGAUGAAUGUGCCAAACCAGACAAUGGGGGCUGUGAACAGCGCUGUAUUAACACUCUUGGAAGUUAUAAAUGUUCCUGCGAUCCUGGCUAUGAGCUUGGUCCAGACAAGAAGAGCUGUGAAGCUGCAUGUGGAGGGCUGUUAACCAAGCUCAAUGGAACGAUAACCACCCCAGCCUGGCCCAAAGAAUAUCCACCAAACAAGAACUGUGUCUGGCAAGUUGUUGCUCCUUCUCAGUACAGGAUAUCGGUGAAGUUUGAAUACUUUGAAUUAGAGGGUAAUGAAGUCUGCAAGUAUGAUUUUGUGGAGAUAAGAAGUGGACUAUCUUCAGAUUCCAAGUUACAUGGGAAAUUCUGUGGAACAGAAGUGCCUGAAGUCAUUACUUCACAAUAUAAUAACAUGAGAAUUGAAUUCCGGUCCGACAAUACAGUUUCAAAAAAGGGCUUUCGUGCACACUUUUUUUCAGACAAAGAUGAGUGUUCAAAAGAAAAUGGGGGCUGCCAACAUGAAUGCAUCAACACAAUUGGCAGCUAUGUUUGCCAAUGCCGCAAUGGAUUUGUACUCCAUGAGAACAAACAUGACUGCAAAGAAGCUGAAUGUGAACAUAGAAUUCAUAGCCAGAAUGGAGUAAUAACAAGCCCCAACUGGCCAGACAAGUAUCCAAGUCGUAAGGAAUGUACUUGGGAAAUAAGUGCCACUCCAGGUCAUAGGGUUAAGCUAGCAUUCAGUGAAUUUGAGAUUGAGCAGCAUCAAGAAUGUGCAUACGACCACCUAGAAGUUUUUGAUGGUGAAACGGACAAGUCAUCCAUCCUGGGGAGAUUAUGUGGUAGUAAGAUUCCAGAACCUUUAAUUGCCACGGGAAAUAAGAUGUUUCUACAUUUUGUGUCCGAUGCAUCAGUACAAAGAAAAGGAUUUCAAGCCACCCAUUCCACAGAAUGUGGUGGCAGACUAAAAGCAGAAUCAAAGCCCAGAGACCUGUUCUCCCAUGCCCAGUUUGGUGACAACAACUACCCGGUCCAGGCGGAUUGUGAGUGGUUGUUAGUAUCGGAGAGAGGUCUUCGUGUCGAGCUAAGCUUUCCAACAUUUGAGGUGGAAGAGGAGGCAGACUGCGGCUACGAUUACAUGGAGCUGUUCGAUGGUCAUGACACAUCAGCAAUGAGACUGGGUCGUUACUGUGGAUCAGGGCCCCCAGAAGAAAUUAUAUCCAGUGGAGAUGCAAUACUAAUUCAUUUUCACACUGAUGAUACAAUCAGCAAGAAGGGAUUUCAUAUACGAUACAAAAGUGUAAAGUAUCAAGAUAUCCUUCACACCAAAUAACACAGGAGUCCUCUGUAACCCAACAAUCGGGGAUAAUAGGAUGUGUGUGUGAACUUGAGAAAGGAAAUAUUUUUUUUACGAACGUUAUUAGUGCAAAUGUUUUAUAUGGUAAAUAGAAAUGGAAGCAUCAUUGCAAAGACUGCACUGAUCAUGAUUGGACAGCGUCGGCACCUAAGACAUUGACAAGUAAAGGCAUGUUGAUAACCUUGACUGACAUUGAACACAGGGUAUUGCAUGCUGCUAGGGAGGCUUUGGGGGAAUUUACACCAAAUGACCAUUAAUAAACAUUGUGUGGGAUAUUUGUCAUAUUUUCAAGAAACGUGUUAAAUAUAGCAAUGGAAAAUUGUCGUUGAAACUGGUGGCUUUGAUCUAAAACAUUGAGCUGUUUUACAUUUUGACAGUUCACAGCAUCUAAAUAAACACAUCAAUAUGGAAAAGAAAGGUCAUUACAAUAAUUUAUACUCUGUAGAAAUCGUUGUAGGUCAGUUUUGUGAAUUUCCCCGUAAGCGAUUUCAUACUUAGCUUGACAUUUGUCAGUGUUUUCCUGCAAAAUCAAUCUGCACCGUUCACUGAAAGUCACCCCAAGGACAGCUAUACCUUCUGACGAUUGCCUGGGAAGAAAAAAAGAAGAUGAAAAAGGUCCUACAGGCCAUAGACUCAUGUGUUCACAGAAUUUAUUAGACUUUUGUGCUUGACAGGCCGCUUAUCAUGCAAAUAAAAUGGCAUACAGAAUACAAAAUGAGAUGUUUAAGGAGAUUUUCUGAAACCCAGUCAGGAUUCCUCCAUUUAUCCAGUAAAACAAUGAAGCUUAGGACCUGGGAACUUAAAGCCUCUUUGUUUCUGCACAGACGUCUGUUUUACUUCCAAGAAACAGUUUUGUUCCAUCGUCAUAACCAUCAUUUAUAUGACUGUAACUUUCCCCCCUUCUCCACUACAUUCAUAAUGUGAAUGCUAUUCUGGAAAGGAUGUUUUCAAUUUACUGGUCUACUAUGCCAGGCGUUGUAAAGCACUGUUCCUUUGCAGAAGAUGUAAUCAGGGACCUGUUACUGGUUUGAAAAUCUGUCAUACUUCUCAGAUUCCUUAUUUUCCAAAGGAA